AUGCUCCAUACAUUCUACUCGAACCUCUUUUUCCAGCUUUGCUUUGCUCUACUGGCCGCAGCAGCUCCUGUUUCCGACCCCACGCUAUCUGCAACUGGCCACGGCAACACAUGGCAAUAUGGAACUGGCGGUGGUAUAAUCGGCUUCGUCGUGCUCGUCUUGGACAUUAUCGUCUUCAUCGAGGUUUUGAAAUCGGACCGCACUGUUAGUCACAAGGUGCUUUGGUGUCUAGUCGUCUUCCUCUUCCCCAUCAUCGGCAUGAUCAUCUACUGGCUGUUCUCCAACCGCGCCGCCCAUAACUCUCGAUCGGGAUACGAACCUGUUGCAUAG